AUUCGCCAAGAAUUUAAACCUUGUUAACCAUGUCAAAAAUUAAACGAUUCUUUUCGAAGAAGAAGGAGGAGGCUGCCUUCAAGCUGCGACUAGGUGGUGGCAUGGGUCAGGGUCACAAGCUGAAUGCGCCCAAGCCGGAUGCCCCCACGAGCAGUUCACGGCGUCCAGUGGAUAUGUAUGUGCCGCCCAAGCGCAACGAGCUGAGCAAAGAGGCUCGCGCUGCUGCAAAUGCUGCACUGGCACGCAUUGAACGCAAGGAAUCGCGUGACUUUAACACCUCACUGGCAGCAAUCAAGGCUCAGGCCAAACGCGAGCUGGAGGCGGAGCGUCGCCAGAAGGAGGAGCUCUCCAACGCAAGUAGCUCGAUUGGAGCCAGCUCGACAGGCGCCAGUACCUCGACUGUGGAAAAUCGGAAUCUAGCCUGUGAGGGCGUAUUCUUUCGCUGCCCACUAAUAAGCGAGGAGGUGCUGCCCAAGCAGGCCUGGAAGUUGAAAAUCAAGGACUUUCUCUAUCAGCAGCUGGAGUUCGAGCGUGGCUUGACCGCCUGCUUGAUCAUACAGAACUGUAAUUUGAAAGAGAAGGCCGAUGAUUGUACAGCCACACUUAUUAAAUAUUUGGAGAACCUCAUCCAGAAUCCGGACGAUGAGAAGUUCUGCAAAAUUCGCAUGUCCAAUAAAAUAUUCAGUGACAAGGUGCGCUAUGUAGAUGGCGCCUUGGAUGUGCUCUAUGCAGCUGGCUUCAGCGAGGUGGAGGUGGAUGGCGAGCCCUUCCUCUUAUGGAGCAAAGAACAAAUGGAGGAGGGUCUGGAUCUGGUCACGCUUGUGGAUGCCCUUAAAAAUUCAGAGCCAAUACAGCUGGAGCUGGAUCGCAACAUCAAGGUGUUGCUGCCGUCGCAGGCACGACGCGUUGUGCUGCCCGACGAUUUCUAUCGCAUCUCGCCGGAGGAGAUCAAGCGGGAACAGCAGCUGCGCGCCGAAGCCAUUGAGAGCGCCCAAAUUCUGAAGACGAAGGCCAUGCGGGAGCGCGAGGAGCAGCGCAAUUUGCGCAUGUAUCGCUACUCCUUGAUAAGGAUCAAGUUUCCCAAUGGUCUCUACAUUCAGGGUACCUUUAAUGUAUAUGAAAAGAUCUCUGAUAUUUUUGAGUUUGUGCAAUCGUGCCUAGCGGAUGAAUCACUCGAGUUUAACCUGGUGGCCACCAAUGAGGGUAAAUUCAGCGAGGACGACAUGGAAAAGACUUUAUACGACUGCAAGCUCAUUCCAAAUGUUUUGCUACUUUUUGCGGUUCCAGCAAUACCAACUCCGGUGGCAGUUGAUUUCAACUUUUUGAAGGAGGAUCUGCUUAUGCUGGUGCAGUCCAUGUAGAUGUUAUAUGUAUUUCCAUGUAACAGUCGAUAAGGCAUAAGGGCAGCAGUAUAUUGACCAAUGUCAAUGUUUUGAAUAAAAAUUUUGUUAUUAUUUAUUCCCAAAAAAUAA